UCUGCUCAGCAAAGCAGCCCUUCUACGGCAAGAAAUCUAUGCUCAUCGGGCAGCCGGCGGCUUUUUCUUUGGUCUUUCUGUGCCUCUCUGCAAGACUGUAAAUAUCCACCACCUCCGACGAAGGGAUGUGUUUACAUCCGGGACUUUUUUUUGGCGGCUGCGCAGUUCCCCCCCAGCCUCACCGGCCGUUACUCUCAUCUUCUUCGGCGGGAAGCCUUUUGUUUAACCCUUUGCGGUGCCCCACGAUGAUUCCCACUCCGUGGCACCGGCACGUGGGGCCGCAGGGCCCCUUCAGCGAGGUCUACGAGCCCGCCGAAGACACUUUCCUGCUGCUGGACGCUCUGGAGAGGGACGCGGAGGAGCUGAGGAGCGGCAGCAUUGAGAUCUGCCUUGAAGUAGGAUCUGGAUCUGGAGUAGUUUCAACAUUUUUGGCUUCAAUUGCUGGACCCAAAGCGUUAUACUUGUGUACCGAUAUCAACCCUCUGGCAGGUCUGUGCACUGUGGAAACAGCCAUACAUAAUAAUGUUGACAUUCAGCCCAUAAUUACCGAUCUGGUAACAGCAUUGUUGCCACGAUUGCAUGGGAAAGUGGAUGUACUGCUAUUUAACCCACCUUAUGUAGUAACCCCUUCUGCUGAGAUUCACAGUCAUGGAAUAGAGGCAGCAUGGGCUGGAGGUAAAAAUGGCAGAGAAGUUAUGGACAGGCUCCUUCCACUGGUGUCAGACUUGCUUUCAGCUAGAGGAUUAUUUUACUUAGUUACAAUUAAAGAAAAUGAUCCAGAUGAAAUUAUCAAAACAUUGCAAAAAUGUGGCUUAAAAGGCACCAGAGUACUUUCCAGACAAGCAGGAAGAGAAAAUCUUUCGGUACUUAAGUUUUGCAAGUCCUGAAGACUACCUGUUAAACAAAAACUACUCUGGAAUAAAGGUUGCACAAAAGACAAUAAUACUUGAUCCUGUAUUAUCCUCACAAUGAAGACAGAAGUUAUUUUCAUCAGGACUGAAUUUCUUGAACAGAAAUAUUGGAGGGUAUGGUGUGCACGUCCACAGUGCACGUACGCCAUGGAAGGCGAGGGGGCUCCAUGUCCUCUUUUUUGCUCUUCAAAAUAUGGCACCCCUAGUAUGCACAGCAUUGCACUGGUGGUGUUAUAGUCUCUGGAAAUUGAAUUAACCAAAGCACAGAAGCUGAGGCUUUACAUACCAUCAGUUUUUGCCUGAGAUGUCAGAAUGCCUUGCUUUAAUAUAUAUAUAGUAAUAAUAAAUAAUUAUUAAUAUAAAAGCCAUAUACAAUUUGUAUGAUACCCUGAUCAAACAACUUAAGAUUUUUAUUUGUAAAUAAAGCUAAAAUUAGCGUUUCACAGCUAAAUCCAACUGUGGCUGUUGAUUUUCUUUGAGAAGUUCAUUGAAGCAGAGAAGUCAUUUCAGAAGAAGGUCUCCCGACAAAGCGGACAAGUGGAUUUGUUACUGGAUGUAAACCAUUUGUACUGAAAGAAUAAUUAAAAAAAAGAGUAUUAAAAGCAGAUUUGACAUACAUUUUACGUUAAAUGUAAGGUUGCUAGAUGAAAAAGUUUUAUUUAUGUCUUAAAUAGUUGAGUAAGUAUCACAUGUGUGACUUCUGUGAAAAUUAAAAUGAAAGCCAUUUCUGAA